AUGGGGUCGAUUGAUGACGAUAUUAUCUUAGCAGCUGCAUCAUUUAUUAUUUUGGGUAAAAAAAAGAAACGAAAACAUAAAUAUUGGGUACGACCAAGCCUCAUAGGAAGAAACACACAUGGAGGAAUUGAGUUAAUAAAUGCUUUGAGAAAAGAUGAUUUGUUAGCAGGACGUAUUGAAGACGGACAAAUAAGAAACUUUCUCCGUAUGACUGAUUCCGAUUUUGAGUGGUUGCUCAAUCUUGUUGGACCAAAAAUUACAAAAAAUGACACUAAUUUUAGAAAAGCCAUCACACCUACCGAACGCCUACUAAUUACUUUAAGAUUUUUGGCUACCGGAGAUUCCUACACUUCAUUAAUGCAUUUAUUUAGGAUUUCAAAGCAAGCGAUUUCAAAAAUUGUACCAGAAGUAUCUAUAGCAAUAUGUGAAGUUCUUGGCGAUCAAAUACGAAUGCCUGGAACUGCUGAAGAGUGGAAAGUAGUGGCAACACAGUUUAAUAAUCUAUGGAAUUUUCCACAAUGUACAGGAGUUAUGGACGGAAAACAUAUUAUGAUUCAAUCACCAGAACACAGUGGAAGCGAUUACUUUAAUUACAAAUCGUUUUUUAGCAUUAUGCUUUUUAUUGUUGCUAAUGCAAAUUACGAAGUGUUGUAUAUGAAUUUUGGCUGCCAGGGACGCAUAUCGGAUGGUGGUGUUUACGAAAAUACCCAGUUCAAAAGAAUGUUGUCCGAAUGUAAAUUUAAUCUACCUAAUAAUGAAAAGCUUCCUGGUAGAGCCAUGGCUGUUCCUUAUGUUUUUCUGGGUGACGAUGCUUUUCCAUUGUCACCAAAUUUGAUGAAACCUUAUCCAGGUACCCAAGAAAAAGGAUCACAGGGAAGAAUAUUUAAUUAUAGACUAUCAAGAGCGCGAAUGGUAUCAGAGAAUGUGAAAAAAAAAUCAAGGACCACCUACACUCCACCUGGAACUUUCGAUUCUGAAGACAAAGACAGUGGUAAUAUUAUUUCUGGAGCUUGGAGGAACGAGAUGCAAAACAAUAUGCCAUUCCAUAGUUUCGAUAAGAGAGCUCGGAAAUCAAGUAGUGCUGCGAAAGAUGUGAGACAAGAAUUUGCAGAGUUUUUUAUGACCGAACAAGGGAACAUUCCUUGGCAAAAUGACUAUUAA